AGAUCAGUUCUCUAGGCAUGUCUACAUGAAUUGUCUCUCUUUAUAUAUAACGUAACCAUUGGAAGAGUAACAAUACGGACACACAGACUCACAGAACCAUCCACCCAAUCCAAGAAGACGAACAAAAUCGACUCUGUUCAUUAGUUUUUAUUAUUAUUAGUAGUAUCAUUAGGCUGGUCUUGGUAGGUGGUGUUUAUAUUUGAUAAAGCCCAAAAAGGAGUAUUAUUUGAAAGCACAAAAUGGAGGGAUGAGAAUUAGGCUGGUUGGAUGGAACAAUAUCAAGACGGAGUCGUAAGGAUGAAAGGUGGCGGCACUAGUGGUAGUGGACAAGAGGUUGAGUCGUGGGGGACGUGGGAGGAGCUCUUGCUAGCAUGCGCGGUGAAGCGUCACGGCGUCAAGGACUGGGAGUCGGUGGCCAUGGAAGUCCAAGGCAAGACCUCUCUCCCGCAACUCCACACCACCGCCUACAACUGCAAGCGAAAGUAUCAGGAUCUCCAACGCCGAUUCCACCAAAGCCAUGACGACCAGGAUCCUAUCCCUUGGCUCCACCACCUCAAAGACCUACGCCUCGCUCAGCUUCGUCAGGACCUCCAUCGCUACGACGUCUCUAUCCUGUCGUUGCAGUUGAAGGUGAAGAAGUUAGAGGAAGAAGAGAAAGACGACGACCCCAAACCAGAUCUGGAGGAACCGGACUCCAAGGGACGCACCCGCACCAGAUCAGAAGAAGACGACAAAAAAACACCGGACGAACCGGACCGGUUCAAACACGAGAACCAGUCGGUGAACGGCUCCAAUUCCACCUGCUCCAAAACCCACGAGCACGAGCACGGGGAGGACCACAAUCAUAAAAAGUCUCCGACUGAACCGGACCCGCUCCCGGCCGGUUCGGCUCAACCCUCCAAAGGCCACUCGGACUCCGACGACGACGACUCGGAUAAAGGAAGCUGUGAAACCGUCGCCAAGAAGCGCCGGCGGCGAGAGAGAGGCGCGGCGGCGUCGCGUGAGUCGGGGAGUAGUGAGGCGCAGAGUUCGGCGAGCUUGACGCGGAAACGACGUCGUAAAUUGGAAUUGGAAGACCAGCCUGACGAACCAGUAUUGGGGAAAUCACAGCCGUUGGCUGCCAUUCUGCAGAUGAUCCGAGCGCAUCAGCAUGGCUCAUUGUUCCAGCGACGGCUUCCAAGCCAGGAAAGUGACAAGUAUACGAGUAUGGUCCGGCAGCAUGUGGACCUAGAGACGAUACAAACAAAGCUCCAAAAGGAUUCCUAUUCCACGCUCACAUUCUACCGGGAUCUCCUUCUCCUCUUCUCCAACGCCGUCGUUUUCUUCCCCAAAUCCUCAACUGAAUCCGUCGCUGCCCACCAACUCCGACGCCUUGUCUUGAACGAAAUGAAGAAGAGAAAUCUAAUCACCAGGCCCGACCCUUCAUCUGGGCCGUCAGACUCAUUGCCCUCCCAAACAACGAUUCCAACAGACUCGUUGCUUGCCAAACACAAGUCAACAGCACCCAUUAUUGUCUGCCGCAAACGAAGCUCAAUCUCAUCAAAGCCUUCUACCAUUGCUCGUAAGGCUAGUACUACCACUGAUCACCCAGCAGCAGAAGCGCCAGCGGCUUUUGAUAUUAAACCACCCAAUAACAGUAAGAAGACCUCUAACUUAAACAAUGUAGAUGAAGAUAAUGGAUCAAAAGAGAAACCUGUAACUGGAACCAGAAGCUCAAGAAGGACGACAACUACUCAUCAUCACGACAAUAAUGCUGGCGCUUCCUCCACCAAGAAAAAAAUUGCAAGCCCUGCGGAAACUCCCAAAGCAGGUAAGAAGAGGAAAACCCCUGAGCCAGCGACACCAUCAGACAAAAAGAGAAGUGGAGCAGCAGCAGCGGCAGCCGAUUUCCUGAAAAGAAUAAAGCGUAAUUCUCCUGCGCAGCAGAAAUUGAAAUUGAAAGGUGGGACUGGCUCUAGUACAAGUACUAGAGGUGCAGAGCAGAAGAAGAGGGGAGGUAAUAAGGCUGACAAGGUUAAAGGAAGGGUGUCAAGGCAAAGUGGUGGUGAAAAUAAGAAACAAGUGAAAGAAGAAAGCAGUCCAUCCAAGCGAAGCAUAGGAAGACCGUCCAAGAGGGCAGCUGAGACAGCAGCGGCUGCCAAUGUAGUUUCACCGAAGCGAUCAAGGGAAAAUGGGGGGAAGCAGCAGCAGCAGCAAGAAGCUUCUAAGCGGCCCAAAAAACGAUCCCGAAGGUAAACUGGCCAAAAAAAAAAAACGUGGACUAUGCAUGCAUGGCUAACUCAAAAUCUCAUGUAUACUGUACAUUAGUUAUUCCUAGAUAGGAAUAUAGGAUAGGUUAGUUUUUUUACUAGUUUGGUUGCUUUUUGGCACUAGAUUAACACUUGUAGAUGUAGACUUUCUUUUCCUUUUGGCUACGUUUCGCUUUUGCGCUCAUCUGUGUGUACACGAAUGCUAGGUACGGCAGUACAAGUUAGAAUUCUUGUUGAUUAUGUUUCUGUUGUAUAUUGAGGUGGGAUUAUAUCUUCUAUGACUGUAAAUGUAUUAUGUACGUACUGGUGCUAGUAUACAAUGAUGAGGAGGCAAAUUAAUUCAGACAUAUAUACACUGAUAAUCGGUUUGCGAGA